UGGUUUAUGUAAUUAUGUGUAUAUAUUUGUGUAUUGCUUUGUCGUAUUCUGUAGAUGUGCCUUUCUGCGCAUAGGGGGUUCAAAAUAUUUUAGGAAUAAAGCCCAUUUGUUACGCAGGGGAAGUUUGCCUGUGGAUUAAAAAAACAAAAAAAGUAAACAAACACAAACAAACAAGCAUGCAUUAUAUUUUGUCAUUUACGUGCUUGAUUGUUGUUUUAUAAAAGUAAGUUUGCGGUGCUUGUUGAAGAACUCCAUUUCCCAUGAACGCGAGUAACCAGUACGUCGGUUUGCGUCACGUCCCCGGUCCCCCACCAUCGCUGAUCUACAGAGGAAGAAAGGGGGAGACGAGCAACCUACACAGAACGUUUUCACACAAAUAUGAGCGGCAGCGGGCGGCCCAGGACCAGCUCAUUUGCUGAGCCUCCCGGAGCUCCCGGGUCCGCAGCAGCCGGUGCCGGAUCAUCUAUAGCCGGUGGAAGUUCGACAGGAAAGACCGGUGCUUCACAGGCCACUGGAAGUAGCGCGACGAGUUUUGGGAAUAUAAAACUGCCCAGAGACAGUGGCAAGGUGACAACAGUUGUAGCCACACCGGGCCAAGGACCUGACCGCCCACAGGAAGUGUCUUACACGGACAUAAAAGUUAUUGGAAAUGGUUCUUUUGGAGUGGUCUAUCAAGCACGGCUUAUUGACAGUCAGGAGAUGGUGGCAAUAAAGAAGGUUCUCCAGGACAAGAGGUUUAAGAAUAGAGAGCUGCAGAUUAUGAGAAAGUUGGACCACUGCAACAUUGUGAGGCUACGCUAUUUCUUCUACUCAAGUGGAGAAAAGAAAGACGAGGUGUAUUUGAAUCUGGUGCUGGACUAUGUCCCAGAGACGGUGUACAGGGUAGCGCGGCACUUUAACAAGGCCAAGACCACAAUCCCCAUCAUAUAUGUUAAGGUGUACAUGUACCAACUGUUCCGCAGUCUGGCUUAUAUCCAUUCCCAAGGCGUGUGUCACAGAGACAUCAAGCCUCAAAAUCUUCUGGUGGACCCAGAGACGGCCAUUCUCAAGCUUUGUGAUUUUGGCAGUGCAAAGCAGCUUGUUCGAGGGGAACCCAAUGUCUCCUAUAUCUGCUCACGGUAUUAUCGUGCCCCAGAGCUCAUCUUUGGAGCUACUGACUACACGUCCAAUAUUGACAUCUGGUCAGCUGGUUGUGUGCUGGCUGAGCUGCUGUUGGGCCAGCCUAUCUUCCCUGGGGACAGUGGAGUGGACCAGCUUGUAGAAAUUAUUAAGGUUCUGGGGACACCAACGAGGGAGCAAAUCAGAGAAAUGAACCCCAAUUACACAGAGUUCAAAUUCCCUCAGAUUAAAGCACAUCCAUGGACUAAGGUGUUUAAGCCUCGCACCCCACCUGAGGCCAUUGCCUUGUGCUCUCGGCUGUUGGAAUACACACCAGUGACCAGGCUGUCUCCUCUGGAAGCGUGUGCACAUGCUUUCUUUGAUGAGCUGCGUCAACCUAACACUCGCUUACCCAGUGGACGAGAACUGCCACACCUCUUCAACUUCAGUCCUGUCGAGCUCUCUAUCCAGCCCCAGUUGAACACCACUCUCAUUCCUCCUCAUGCCCGCGCACAGACAUCACCUGCCUCCCAUGAGGGCAGUGUUUCAGACAGUACCGCCCAGCCCAGCUCAGCACCUGGAUCUAUCAGCAACAGCACCUGAAGAUCUCUUCCUUGACACCAUCUCUUUGAUUUAGUUUUACCCCAGUUCCCUAUCUUCCCUUCACUCCUCUGUUCAAUCUCCCCCUGGCUCCGAACUAAAACCCGUCCCGCCCACACAAACAUUCAUGGUUCUCCCAAAAAGUCAAUAUUCUUCAGUGGACAGCAGGUGGCUUUAGGAAGAUGUGAGUGGUUUGAGAACAUUUACUUUAAGAUGUUUUCACAAGUUCAUUUUUUAUGACUUUUGGUUGGCAAAUUAGAAUAAACGUAUUUUAUUUUGGGUAGGGCGUUUGGGAGAGCAGGAGAGGGUUAUUCAUGUGGUAUGUUAGAAGUUACAAUCACUUUUAUUGUUUUUUAUAUUUUAUUUGACCAGGCUUAUUUUGUGUGGUUGAUGCAUUGAAUGGGACCUCGAUUGGUAAACUUGGAAAUUUUGUCUGUUCUUGACAAUCAUACGUGUUGAGAUAGAAAUGAUUGACGAUGAAGCGUUUAAUUUUAUUGUCCGUCCUACCCCAUUGUGAGUAAAGAAAUACGUUAACGCUACGUUUUUUAUUGUCCUUGAUAGAAAAAAUGUGUGGUUUUCAUUCUUUUAAAAGAUGACUUUUAUGAUAAGAUUUGGUUUUAAGUGAGUGCACCCAAACUCUCCUCUUAAUUUAGCAAUUGUGUAUAAGAAUAUUUCACACACCUCUGAUAGGUCACUAUAGGCUGCUCAUCAGAAAUACUGGACAUUUCAUCCAUAGUUGGAACAAGGAAGGGUGUCAUCACCCAGAGGGCAGUUUGAGUGCUCCCUAGCUGCAAACAUAACCUCUGACAGUGUCAGACUGCAAUGGCUCAUUCCUUUUCUGAUUAUGUUUAUUUUAUGAAUUAUGUCAUUGUAGAGCAUUGACUUACACAUAUAGGCUUCAUUUAGUUAAACUAUACUGCCGAAUGGAAGGACUGGAUCAGUCUAGUACAGCAAGGGGUGCUGUGAUGUUUAGCUGGCUUGCCAUAUUCACUCUAGUGCUAGCGUAAAAGAACCCUCUUCUACUUCCAAGCAGCCUGCCUGCAGUGUUCAUAUCAUGAUUUCUAAUUUAAUGGGAGAACUGAUCUGAAUGACAACGGUCUAGUUUGUCAUCCUCUGAUAACGCAAAUAUAGUGCAUGUUCAGUCUUUCACUUUGUAGUACUACCACUGAGUAAUCUGACCAGAAAUUAUGCUGAAAACCCUAAAGGAACUUCUGGAGCCUUCCAUUCCUUCAAACAAAUCCCUUCUCUGCUUUUUUCACUGCUCAACUGUAAAUAACAAUUACCUUUAUUUUAUUUUUGUUAUUUUUUGUUAUUAUUGUUAUUAUAUUGUUGUUCUUGUAAUUUUUUUCUCUAGUAGACUGGUGCGAUUGUUUAUUCUCGUCGCAGUCUGUAAUACAGUUUCAUUUCAGUCCCUGGUUCAGGAGGGGAAAACAGAACAAAAUGUUUCAUUUUUAUCCUCUCUCCCUCCAUGCGCUCUUCAUUACUCCCUGUUGUCUCAUAAAUGUUGUCAUGACUGCUUUAUUUAUUGUAUUAUAUUUGUGGGAUUCUUGGGUUCUUUUCAUUUUUAACUACAGCAGAAAACUUGACGGGAAACAGUUGUAUUCCAUAUUUCCCCAUGUCACAGGCUGAAUGAUAUCACAUCUAAGAUACUGUAGUCUCUGAUCCAGAUGUUAGGGUGUUUGAACUACCAUUCUUCGACAUGCACAUGGAAAUGCCCAGUGAACUUCAAUGUGAAGGGAAUGUUACAAGCGUCUGGAUGUUCGUGGGUGAGUGUGAGUGAGUGAUUGAUUGUGAGUUUGUGUAUGGACCAUAGGGGACAUAUUUCUGUUCACAGGUAACAUCUCCUUUGUCUGACUGUUUAAUCUUAGCUUCCAUGUGUUGUAUGAGUGCAAGGGGUUUACCUAUCAACUAGUAUGUAUGCUUCUCGGACACAGCUGCAGGGAAUGUAUGUUUAAAUUCAGUAGGUCUGUUUGCUGGUGGACUAUAUUUGAACAUAUUUGUUCAAAGCAAAAAGCUGACUUGUGCUGUUUAUUUUUUUUCCAAAAUUGUUGACAUUAGUUUUAAAAUUUGCUGUGACCAUGCUCUUUUAUCAACUUUUUGUGAGUGAAUUGUCAGUGUCAGAAAAUGAACAGUUGGAUGAAGGAGAUGAUUUAGAGGGAUGGAGGGAGAGAGUUUUUUGUUUGUUGGUAUAAAUGAUAAUAAGCUCAUUAAUAAAGUGAUGAAACAGUU